ACUGUACAUGGGCACUGUGUUUAUCAGAUAAACGUCAAAGGCCUUGGCGCCAAGGAAGAAGUACCUACUGUAGAGCACUACUGAGAAGCUGUUGCUACGAUAGAUUGGCCAUAGCAUUGCGAGGGGAUCUGGAAACGUCUCUCAUGCAAUUGAUAAUGAAGAUGUCACAUUCAAUGGCGCCGUCCAGAUCACUUCUCCGAACUUGUUCACGGGCCCAGUCGCAGACACAGACGUGCCAGCGACUCGCCUUCUCGACACGACAUGCCUUCCCCUCUUCUACCACAACGCCUACAACGGCCGAUAGACCCGCCCUCAUAACGCCGACAAUUCAAAGUGCACGAUUUACUCGCUUGCGAAAUGAGCUUCCCCCUUCCAUCGCUGGUGGAAAGCAGCAACGUCGCUACAAGGCAAAAACGGUCGAAGAAGCGCGCAGUCGAUACCGGACUGGGCCGUUCUCAUGGAAGGCUGGUGUGUUGUUUGUUCUAGCCGGCUGCGGCCUCGUGUGGUAUUUCGAGUCGGAGAAGAAGCGCAUGCAGAGGAGGCGCAUAGCGGAGGCCACGAAAGGCGUUGGCAAACCCAAGGUCGGCGGUGAUUUCAACCUUAUAGAUCAUGAGGGCAAGCCAUUCUCUAGUGCCAACUUGAAGGGGCGUUACUCAUUGGUUUACUUCGGCUUCACACACUGCCCCGAUAUCUGUCCCGAGGAACUCGACAAGAUGGCGCAAAUGUUCGAUCUAGUUGAAGCCCAAGCACCAGGUGCCGUGGCACCUGUAUUUAUCACCUGCGACCCGGCACGCGACGAUCCCAAAGUUCUAAAGUCAUACCUUGCAGAGUUCCAUCCCAAAUUCAUUGGCCUCACCGGCACUUACGACGAAAUUAAGGAUGUCUGCAAGGCAUAUCGCGUGUACUUCAGCACGCCCAAAGAUGUGAAACCGGGCCAAGACUACCUGGUCGACCACAGCAUCUAUUUCUAUCUCAUGGAUCCCGAAGGUGACUUUGUCGAGGCGUUGGGGAGACAACAUAGUCCUCAACAGGCUGCCAGUGUUAUCCUAGAUCACGUCAAGGACUGGAAGAAAUAGGUAUGGAAACGGAGAGGGCCGUAAUGGUGAGAUAUUGAGAAUGGCUCCGUAAAGAGAGAUGCUGGAGGAAAUCUGUAUCAUACAAAUUGUGCUGAUGGCACCCCUCUCACCUGUGAUAUUAAUGUAUAUAAACAAUAUCUAUCAAAAGGCCAUUUCUAAUGACUCCGAACAUGCGCAGGGGUUUGUGAAUCGGCUGCCUUCUCGUGGUACGCCGCCUAUCCAUACUACAUUAUUACCG